AAGCCAGACAACUGCUCGACCCCAGUUUGGAAUUGAUCCCCAAAAAAGGGUAGAGAUUGGUAAGUUGAAAUAUAAAAUGAAAAAAUAAAAAGAACAAUCACAUUUAAUCUAACAAAUAUGGUUUAUAGGAUGGCUUCAAGUCGCACGCUUCCUCCGCCUUUGCUGGGCCUGUUCAGCAUCUUUUUCAUCCCGCUUGCGCUUCAUUUCUGCAAGUACCUCACCAUGCUCCAGGAUGCAAGCAGUCUCACUAUUGAGAUGCCUUCGGUCUGCCUUUCCUCUAGCAGUGAUCUGUCUCACCUCUUCCCGCAAGUGAGCUUCCCCUGCUUUAUGCAUCACAACAGUUGCUGCAUUUCGCUCUGCUGACAUUUUGAGUUUAGUUAAAACUGACCAUAGUUUAAUUGAUCGAGGGCUAUUAAAUGUGAUUGCUGAUAGUCCUUCAACAUAAAGAUUGUGGAUCGAGCGUGGAGUAGUUGGAGUCUUUGGUCGAAAGGUAAUCAGUUCUUGAGGUGUUUGUAGAGGGACUAGUUGUGGAAGUGUAGGUUCUUUGGGGGGGAGCUUCGGUUCUGGAAGGCUCAGGGUAUCAAGGAUAAU